AUGGGUCGCCCACUGAAUCUGGACGAUGUCGAGUCCAACCAGGACCAGGAUCAGAAUCAGAAUCGGUCUCACACUUGGCGCGAUUGGAUGAUCGUGUUCACAUGGAGUAUCAUGGGCUAUCUAGCUCUUAUCAUGACCGUCAUUGGCUAUUUUGAUCCGUCACUUCUACCCGUCGAUCCAGCAGCGCUGUUAUUCAACAAAGAUAUCUCUCCGUUUUAUGCAUUUUCGCGCGGGGGUCAUUUCUCCAAGCCGUCAGGCUUCAAGAUCGUCGCAUUGGUUCCGUUUAGUAACCAUGAGCACACUUCGAUCCUAGAAUGUUAUUUGCAGAAAAAUUUAAUUCACAACCACGGCUUCCUCGACCAGGUCGUUUUUAUUCCUCAAACGAACGACGCCACCAGUCUACACUGGCUCAAUUCUCUCGUCGAAGAAACAUCCGAAUAUGCAAUCUCGCCAGCUGGCAAAGACAUGGAUUGGAAAUUCGCCCAGGAUAACGUCAUGUACAUCCGCAUCGACGGGGACGUCGUUUACAUGGAAGACCAUACCAUUCCAACAAUGGUCAAAACGAAGCUAGACAAUCCCGACACCCUCAUGGUCUCUGCAAACGUCGUUAACGAGGGCGCCCUCGCUUCACUACACAGUCACCGCGGAGUGUCUCUCCCUUAUAUGCCCGAGCUACAGCAUACGAGCCAAUCGUCCCGAUCAAAGUCUCAACUCGAACACGAUUGGCGAGCCUCGAGUCUUCCAUCGUGGACAGGACCAUCAGACUUCAAGGUUCGAAAGGAUUUCAAACCGCCCUUCGAGGGUCAUAGAUGGCUACUUCCGCGUGAAUCGGCAACGGAUCGCGAUCCGAUCGCGGGCUCGGUUUAUACAGACACAGGACCUAGUAUGUCCGACUGGACGGUUGGUGCCCAGCAACACUAUUCCUUCUUGCACCAUCUUGAACUUGAUAAUUUGGAUCGGUACAAGUUCCCGCUAUGGGUCAAUCCCACCGAGCCUGUUACUACGAACUUUGGUUGUUUCUGGGGUAAGGAUACCCAGACCCUUCGUGAGGUUUUUGGGCAUAAAUCUAGUGAGGAGCUCUAUGAAUCUUGGACUGGGUCGGAUGGAACUCGGCCGAAUAUUACUAUUGAUGGUAAAGGGCUUGUUUCGCAUUACUCGUCUCGACAGGGAGUUGAGGGGUUGGACUCGACUGAUCUUUUAGAGAGGUAUCGAGCUUAUGCGCAGGAGAGGGUUUGUCGUCAGCGUCAGAAGAAGCCUCGCUUGGAGGUUGAUUAG